AUGGCACCGCCUUCUCCCCGACGCUCCUCGAGAGCGCGAGCCACGAACUUCCUAAGCCAUCAAUCCUCGACUUCAUCAGGCCGCGCCGAGCGCAACCACCGAGCCAACAACAAGACGUCGUCGGGCAAGUCGACACCUAGUGCGUCCUUGUCCUCGGAACCACUCGAAGACUACGAGGACACUCUUCUUGGUCGACGACGCAAGCGCGGCCACGAAGACGAACCAGAGAAGCCCCAGCGUCAAGACCAAUUAGACACAGCCCAUGCCAGUGACAAUGGGCAAGACGAAGAAGACGAGGCUGUGCGGUGUAUAUGUGACUCGGAGGACUAUCCAGGGCGUCCACCCGUUGAUGGGCCGGAUGCCGACUUUUUCGCGGCAAUUGAGCUGACAGAGGACGUUACGGGCUUCUUCGUCCAGUGCGACAUUUGUAAAGUGUGGCAGCACGGUGCUUGCGUUGGCAUUUUUAGCGCCGAAGCAUCCCCAGACGAGUAUUUCUGCGAGCAGUGUCGCAACGAUCUUCACAAAAUCAACACAGCCAUCAAUGGGCAAAAGUACUCCAAAUAUCUCCCGCUCCAUCGACCACCGCCAGCAUCACAACCUACCUCUCGAGCGACGUCGGUAAGCAGGGACCGAGGCCAAUCGCCCAAGGGCUCGAAAGAGAAGAAUGGACGACCGACGUCUUCACAACUAGCCGCAAAAAGACGAUCUACUAUGAACAGUCGAGAUGCUGCAUAUGACGACGACCAGCUACGGCGAGCGAUCGAGGCUAGCAGAGAAAACAACUCCGUAGAUGGUGACGGACCCUUGAGGCGGACGAAGAGAGGGCGCAGCGAUAGUGAGGAGAACGUUCCCAGCGUAAAACGACAACGGACGAACUCGCACUCGCCUUCGCCGCCACCGGAAGAGCGUGAGGAUGCUAGCCGGGAGCAGUCCGAAGACGAGGCGCAAGCCAGGAACGGAGCGAAGAAGACCCGCAACGGCAGACACCAGAGAACAAAAUCCGAGGUGGAGGACAAGGACCGCCUGCGGCAAGAAGCAGCGAACAAGCGCAGAGGCCGCGCAGAGAGGCGGCGGGGUGACGAUUCAGAUCCAUCAGAGGACCUCCCUCUGGCCCAGGUCAAGGCAGCGCUGCCCCCAGAAGAAGAGCCGACGCCUGAGGUCGAACCAACCAUACCACCACCGCCUGUGCCAGGCACGCCGCCAGCCACUGUUAACAAUGCAGGCAACUCACACAAGAAAGGAGCUCGGAGCAAUCACAAAAAGGGCAAAGGCAAGGGACCUCCUGGCAAAGACCUUCAUCAUGAUCGGGAAGAUUCACCGGCACGACCAGCACCGCGGGACAUUGCCAAAGCAGCAGACGAUCCACCCGCACCCAAAUCGACGCCGGCGGACAGCAAGCCUUCUGGCAAGGGGAAGGCCGGGGUCGCACACAAGAUCACCAUGCUGGACAUGAAACGCCGUGUUGGUGCGAUCAUGGACUUUAUCUCGCGAACGCAAGUGGACCUCGCGGCAGAGGGCAACCUCUCGUCGAGCAGCAACUCGACAAGCGGAGAAGCGUCGCCUCAGAAGACCCCUCUGGGACCGGUCACUGGCGAGACCAACGGGGGUACGCCGGAGACGACGGGCCAUGACAAGGAUUUCAAGGAUCUGGACUGCAUGCAGAUGAUGGACGUUUUGACGCGCGAUAUGGUCAAGUGGCAGAACCAAUAUAAAUGA